AUGAAGGUGGAGGAGGAGGAAAGCCGCUCUCCACACAAUCGUGAGGAUCGGUGUGUUCCCGAGAGCUUCUUUGAUCGCUUAACGCAAGGGUUACGCGGGGAUCUCGAACAUGAGCGGGACAGGCGUCUUCAACUGGCGGAUACUGUCUUGAAGCAUCGAGCUGAGUUUGCCUUUGCUCAGCUUGAGAACGAGAGAUCUCUGAUAUCUCCUUGUGACGAGCUAAGGGUAGCUCGUGGGUUUGUUGAUCGGUCUCGGGAUGAAAAAAAUGCUCUUCAGACCCUUGUUGAUGCCCACCAUCGGGAGCACAAGGCUCUCUGCGAGAUGCUUGAGCGCAAGGGCGUUCUUCAUCGGAAGAAGCAGCGUACUGAUGGUACGGCUUAA